CCUAUUUCCAUUUUAGUAGUAGCGAAGCCCUCGAUGUAAGAGGGUCCUUACGCGCGCUCGUGCUUUGCCGUUCCAGCUUACUUAAGUGCCCUAUAGGAAUGGUGAUAAGACUCCUGAAAAAGAGAGUGCAUCGGUGAAACAUGUGUGAAGGAGAGAGGUGGGGCCACGGCUGAUAUUUAUUUACUGCUCUGUUGAAAUUUCCGACAGCAGUGCGGCAGAAAAGUCCUCUCUUUCCCCCCCUCUCUCUCUCUCUCUCUCGUGUGUGUGUGUGUGUGUGUGUGUGUGUGUGUGUGUGUGUGUUUGAUUCUGCGUGUUUUAAGGAAAGAAGGAAGCAUACAUACAGUACUUGGAAGAGAUCAAUCUGGGACGAAGAUGGAAUUGCACUCGUUGAGAUCACCACCAGCAAUAGAGCCCUUUCACCAGCAACCGCCGUGCCCUCGCGUCCACAAAGGUCAUGGCUAUUGGUAGACGCUGCUUACUCUGCAUUGGCUCAAGGAAGCAGUCAUGCCGGACCUUACUGUUGGCCUUGAUGGGAACCUCGCUCCUGCUGUUCUUCAUCACCCAAUCUGGCAUGAAGACGCCCUUCCUUCACGGCCUCCAGCACCCAACACCGAGCCUCCAGUCCCCAUACCCGUCCAGGCGUAUCCAGGAUUAUCAAGCGGAUUCUGACGAUGUUACAGGUCAACGCGCUUUCUCCAAUGACUCCAGCGGGCUAAGCAGUGGAAGAGAGGUGGAGGUGGUGGAUGAGACGGAUCUGUUGGGAGCUGGUGCCGAGCGAAGAACAGCUGAAGUGCUGCUACAGAAGAGCACCCCAAUGGACACUCUGGAGCAGACGGUGCAAGAGAUACUGAAGACAGAAAGGCAAAUUAUAAGGGAGGCUAUGCUUGGUUACUCCUUCCAUCCUGCGCUAAAUACCAAGCGUAUAGAAGAUCUCGUGCCAAAGUAUGGGGGAAAACCUGUACGGAGUCUGGUCAUCACUACUUGGCGCUCUGGAUCCACAUUCAUCGGUGAUGUUCUGCAAAGCCAUCCAGGAACAUACUACCAUUAUGAGCCUUUGAUGGAUUUUGACAUCAAGCAAGUGCGGCAUGGGACGGCAGCCAAGCAGGCGCUGCAUAACCUCCACCAUCUCCUCAACUGUGAUUAUAGUGAGAUGGAUCAUUAUCUGAAUUAUGGACAGGGUCACCAGUGGCUCUUUGAGCACAAUAAGCGGCUGUGGCAAUACUGCAAAGCCUUCCCUCACAUUUGCUGGAGUCCUCGAUUUCUUACACCCUUCUGCAAACUGUUCCCUUUCCAAUCUCUCAAAACUGUUAGGCUACGACUCAACCUCACCACAGAAUUUCUGCAAGAUAAACGGCUUGGUGUGCAGGUGCUGCUACUUGUGCGGGAUCCUCGGGGCACCAUGCAGUCCCGACGCCACCGUGUUUGGUGCCCUGACAACCCUGACUGUGAUGAUCCAGCGUGGUUAUGUCAAGAUCUUGUCAGCGACUUCCACACUGCUAAGAAAUUCCAGACAAUGUUUCCAAAUUCCUUCAGGAUGGUACGCUAUGAGGAUCUGUCAUUCAAUGUCUACAACAUGACGAAGAAGCUGUUUGACUUCUUCCACCUGAGCUACCAUCCACGGGUGCAGGCAUUCCUUGACACACACACCAAGCAGACAAUAGGUGGGGUGUCCAGCACCUUCCGUGACUCCAAAGUUGCACCAAUUCACUGGCAACAGGACUUAUCUUGGAAGGAUGUGAAACAGAUCCAGAGUGUGUGUGGAAAAGCAUUGAGACUUUGGGGUUACAAGAUAGCCAAGGAUGAAGCACACCUCCGUUCAUUCAAUCCUGUGGGAGAAUUUAAGAAUGUAUUAUAGUAUUUGCUAAU